AUGAAGAAGCUGCUAUUUGAUAUUUAGUAAUAAUAACUUGGUAAGUCAACUUCAGUCCAAGAAUCUAGAGAUCGUUAUUAAAACAAUCUCAGGCAAUAUAAAUCUCGCGCAUUGAAUGAGAGACCUACCAUAAUAAUUGAUAAUGGAAGCUACGAGUGUAGAGCUGGAUGGUCAUUUGAAAAAGACCCCUAUCUUAGAUUUAGAAACUAUGUGGCUAAACCAAAGACCUCAGUUAACAAGUAAAUUGACUCAAUGCAUUUAGUUGGUGAUGAAAUUAACGAAUUCGAUGCAGGUAAAAUUCACAAGAGAUCAAUGUUUGACAAGAAUGUGGUUUAUCAUGUUUAAAGUCUAGAGCAUAUGCUAGAUUACACAUUUGGACAUCUAGGCUUAUCAUAAGAAUCUUCAAUUGAAUAUCCCUUACUGCUAACAGAACCAAUGUGUAAUCCAAAUUAUUGCAGAUCUAACAUAUCAGAGCUGCUCUUCGAAUGCUAUAGAAUUUCAGCAGUAUCUUAUGCUGUCGAUUCACUAUUAAGUUUUUACUAUAACAAGGCCUAGAAUCUAGGAGGUGCUUUUUCAGCAGACAGCUAAAAUGGUUUAGUGAUUUCCAGUUCAUACAAUACUACUCAUGUCAUACCUAUAAUUGAAGGAGGGGUACAAUUGUAACAGACUAAAAGACUUCCUUUAGGAGGGGCUCAUCACCAAGAGUUACUUAGUAAAAGCCUCAAUCUGAAGUAUGUUCAGCACAAAAAUAACCUUACAUCUGAAAGCAUCUAAUAUAUUUAGGAAAAUCAUACCUACUGUCCUACAAACUACAGAGACCAAAUACUAUUUUUAGAGUAAGUUUACCAAGAAGAGAGAAACUAUCAGAAAGAAGAAGAGAAAAAGAGACAGGAAGCCCUCUAUGGAAAUGUUAAUAACCCUUAAGAGCCAAAAUCUCUUAAUCCUUAGGGAAAAGAUACUUUAGGUAGGAAACUAGUAAUCUACAAAAGCAGAACUCAUAAGCUAAAUGAUUAACUUGGAGAAGAUGAGGCUUUAGAUAAAGAAGAUCAUGUAAUUUAACUUCCAUGGGUAAUGGAAUCAGCACCCACUGAUGAGGAAAUGAAAAGAAGACACGAAAUGAGAAAAGAACAAGGGCAAAAACUUAAGGAAAUCAUGCAAAGGAAAAGAGAUGAAAAGAAAAGGAAAAUGGAAGAAGAGCUUGCGGAUCUUUAAUCACUUGAAAGUUUGAGAGAACAAAAUGACUUACAAGGAUUCAAGGAGGAAAUUCAGCAAAGGGGUAUAAGUUCAGUGGAUGAAUACAAAAAGAAAGUUAAAUAUCUCCAAGUCAAGUUAAAUAUAAAGCAGUCUGAAGGAAAGACCGAUGAAGAAAAAUACAACCUUAUCGAUAUUCAAGAUGAAUUCCUCAAUCCAGAUUAGUUGAGAUAAAAGAGAAUAUAGAAGAUGCAAAAAACUGCUACUCUAAUGAGAGAAGAGAAAAAAGCUCAAAUGAAGGUGGAAAGAGAGAAAAUUGACAUUCUCAAACAAUCAGAUCCAGAUGCCUAUCUGAAAUCCUUAUAUGAAAAAAGAAAGGAAAUUUUAGAUAGAAUGAGUGAUAGAGCAAGAAGAAAGGAAGAAUUUUCAAAGAGAGGCUCCAAAGCUGCUCAGAAAAGAAUGUAAAUGAUUGCUGAACUAGGCAUUGAUGAUAAUGAAAAUAAUCAAAAGAAGAGAGGUAGACCUCCACUAGAUGAGAAAUUGCCGCCAUAAAAAGAUGUUGAUGAGUCAGAUAACUUCGGUGCAGCUGAUGAAGAUUGGGAUAUCUACAGAGGCAUUUAAAAAGAUGGUUACUCAGAGGAUGAAGAAGAUGAUUAGUAAGUUUUGAACGAAUUAGAGGAGUAGAUUGCAGAUCUUGACCCUAAGUUUUCUAAUUUGCUUUAUAAUACUAGUGCUUAACCAACUGCUGAAGACUACUAAAUCAGACUUUGGAGCGAUAGAUAUAGAGGAACAGAAAUCUUAUUCUAGCCUUCUAUUGUAGGAUUAGAGAAUGCAGGCCUUGGUGAAAUUUUGGAAAACAUCAUGAAUGGAUUGAAUAAUGAGCAAAAAGCUAAAAUUCUUUCUCAUGUAUUGUUAACAGGAGGCAAUACCUAAGUUCCUAAUUUUGAGAGAAGGAUUGAAGCCGAAUUGAGAAUGAUUAAUAAAGCAGGAUUAAAAAUCAACGUCGUGAAGUCCUAUGAUGCCUAAUUAGAUGCUUGGAGAGGUGGAGCUUGGCUAGCUCAAAAUUACUUCUUUGGGUAGUCCUUGCAAGAGUUCUCAAUUUCAAAAGCUUAAUAUGAAGAAUGUGGUCAUCAUUACUUGAAAGAGCAUUUCUGUUCUAAUAUCCUAUAUGGAAAUAUACCAUCAAAGUAUAGCAUGGGGAGGAAAAAUUCUGGAAUUCUUGUAGGCGAAAAUCCAAGCAAAAGACUUAAAUAAUGA